AUGCCCCUAGCAGUGGGUUCGGCUCGCACUGAUGAUGUCACGAUCCUUCUGGAACGUGUGUUAGUGAGUUCCACCUUUCACAGCUGCCUGUGAGGUAACAGCCCCCUCUACCCCCUCCGCCAAUGGAAAAGCCUGCCUUACACACGGACGCACUGAUACUGGAGUAGGGUCACACAUAGGGAAGAUCUUAAUUGCAUACUCCUCGCGUCCUCUCUCAUCGUCUCCUUCUCAAAACCCAUUGGAUGAGAAAACCAGAGGUCCCUCCCCUCUGACCUUCUCCUCCAAUGGGUUUUGAGAAGGAGAGAGGACGCGAGGAGAAUGCAAUUGAGAUUCUCCCAUACCUAGCAAGACUAGGGUAGUGGCAGCACUCAAAAUACAGAACAGUACGAGCAUGAGAGAAAUCACCUGUAGGUUUCUGUUAAUGUUAUUAGCAGUAGCAAGUCUAUUUAGCCUUAUUGAUAUCACACAGUUUCUUUAUCAAAUCAAAGUUUAUUGGUCACUUACACAGAUUUAGACAGACAUACACAUAUUCAGCAGAUGUUAUUGCGGGUGUAGCGAAAUGCUUGUGCACCUGUACUGACCUGGCCUUCUGGAUGAUAGUGGGGUGAACAGGCCGUGGCUCGGGUGGUUGAUGUCCUUGAUGAUCUUUUUGGCCUUCCUGUGACAUCGGGUGUUGUAGGUGUCCUGGAGGGCAGGCAGUGUGUCCCCGGUGAUGCGCUGGGCAGACCGUACCACCCUCUGGAGAGCCCUGUGGUUGCAGGCGGUGCAGUUGCCGUACCAGGCAGUGAUACAGCCCGACAGGAUGCUCUCAAUUGUGCAUCUGUAAAAGUUUCUGAGGGUCUUAGGGGCUAAGCUGAAUUUCUUCAGCCUCCUGAGGUUGAAGAGGCGCUGUUGCGCCUUCUUCACCACCCUGUCUGUGUGGGUGGACCAUUUCGGAUUGUCAGUGAUGUGUACGCAGAGGAACUUGACGCUUUCCACCUUCUCCACUGCAGUCCCGUUGAUGUGGAUAGGGGCGUGCUCCCUCUGCUGUUUCCUGAAGUCCACAAUCAUCUCCUUCGUUUUGUUGACAUUGAGGGAGAGGUUAUUUUCCUGACACCACUCCGCUAGGGCCCUCACCUCCUCCAUGUAGGCUGUCUCGUCACUGUUGGUAAUCAGGCCUACUGCUGUUGUGUCGUCCGCAAACUUUAUGAUUGAGUUGGAUGUGUGCGUGGCUACGCAGUCAUGGGUGAACAGGGAGUACAGGAGGGGGCUGAGCACACACACCAUUGUGGGGACCCUGUGGAGGUGUUGUUUCCUACCUUCACCACCUGGGGGGCGGCACGUCAGGAAGUCCAGGACCCAGUUGCACAGGGCAGGGUUCACACCCAGGGCCCCAAGCUUAAUGAUGAGCUUGGAGGGUACUCUGGUGUUGAAGGCUGAGCUAUAGUCAAUGAACAGCAUUCUGACGUAGGUAUUCCUCUUGUCCAGAUGGUGUAGGGCAGUGUGCAGUGCGAUGGCGAUUGCAUCGUCUGUGGAUCUAUUGGGGCGGUAAGCAAAUUGAAGUGGGUCUAGGGUGUCAGGUAAGGUAGAGGUGAUAUGAUCCUUAACUAGCCUCAAAGCACUUCAUGAUGACAGAAGUGAGUGCUACGGGGUGAUAAUAAUUUAGUUCAGUUACCUUUGCUUUCUUGGUUUCAGGAACAAUGGUGAUCAUCUUGAAGCAAGUGGGGACAGCAGACUGGGAUAGGGAGAGAUUGAAUAUGUCCGUAAACACUCCAGCCAGCUGGUCUGCGCAUGCUCUGAGGACGCGGCAAGGGAUGCCGUCUGGGCCGGCAGUCUUGCGAGGGUUAACACGCUUACUCACGUCGGCCACGGCGAACGAGAGCCCACAGUCCUUAGGAGCGGGCCGAGCCGGUGGCACUGUGUUAUCCUCAAAGAGGACGAAGAAGGUGCUUAGCUUGUCUGGGAGCAAGACGUCAGUGUCCGCGACGUGGCUGGUAUUCCCAUUGUAAUCCGUGAUUGUCUGUAGACCCUGCGACAUAAGUCUUGUUUCUGAGCCGUUGAAUUGCGACUCCACUUUGUCUCUGUACUGACGUUUUUCCUGUUUGAUUGCCUUACGGAGGGAAUAACUACACUGCGGUUCUUGCCGGUGCAGCGAAAUGCUUGUGUUUCUAGCUCCAACGCUGCAGCAAUAUCUAGCAAACAGUGCAUCAAUAUCUAGCAAUACAAUAACAAUACACACAUAAAUAAAAAUAGGGUGUUUUAACACUUAGUCCCUUUCAGACAAUUUCUGUGAACUCAGUGCGGUUGGCUUAAUUUGUUGUGCAGGGUGAACACUCCAAAGCAGUAUGAAAAUGUAUGCACUCACUAACUGUAAGUCGCUCUGGAUAAAUGACUAAAAUUGAAAAAAUGUCACCAACCGGUUGAUCGCCAAAAAUGUACAGUGCAUUUGGAAAGUGUUCAGACCCCUUGACUUUUUCCACAUUUUGUUUCGUUACAGCCUUAUUCUAAAAUUAAAUAUUUUUUCCCCCUCAUCAAUUUACACACAAUACCCCAUAAUGACAAAGCAAAAACAGGUUUUUAGACAUUUCUGCAAAUUUCUUAAAUAAACAGAAAUACCUUAUGUAAAUAAGUAUUCAGACCCUUUGCUAUGAGACUGGAAAUUGAGCUCAGGUGCAUCCUGUUUCCAUUGAUCAUCCUUGAGAUGUUUCUACAACUUGAUUGGAGUCCACCUGUGGUAAAUUCAAUUGAUUGGACAUGAUUUGGAAAGGCACACACCUGUCUAUAUAAGGUCCCACAGUUGACAGUGCAUAUCAGAGCAAAAACCAAGGCAUGAGCUCAAAGGAAUUGUCCAGAGCUCCGAGACAGGAUUGUGUUGAUGCACAGAUCUGGGGAAGGGUACCAAAAAAUGUCUGCAGCAUUGAAGGUCCCCAAGAACACAGUGGCCUCCAUCAUUCUUAAAUGGAAGAAGUUUGGAACCACCAAGACUCUUCCUAGAGCUGGCCGCCCAGCCAAACUUAGCAAUCGGGGGUGAAGGGCCUUGUCAGGGAGGUGACCAAGAACCCGAUGGUCACUCUGACAGAGCUCCACAGUUCCUCUGUGGAGAUGGGAGAACCUUCCAGAAGGACAACCAUCUCUGCAGCACUCCACCAAUCAGGCCUUUAUGGUAGAGUGGCUAGACGGAAGCCACUCCUCAGUAAAAGGCACAUGACAGCCUGCUUGGAGUUUGCCAAAAGGCACCUAAAGGACUGGUCUGAUGAAACCAAGAUUUCUAAAAACCUUAUGUGGAAUUGUGUGUAGAUUGCUGAGUAAAAAAUUAAAUGUAAUCCAUUUUAGAAUAAGGCUGUAACGUAACAAAAUGUGGAAAAGGGAAGGGUUCUGAAUACUUUCGGAAUGCUAUAUAUAUAUACAUACACAUACAGUGGGGAGAACAAGUAUUUGAUACACUGCAGAUUUUGCAGGUUUUCCUACUUACAAAGCAUGUAGAGGUCUGUAAUUUGUAUCAUAGGUACACUUCAACUGUGAGAGACGGAAUCUAAAACAAAAAUCACAUUUUUAAGUAAUUAAUUUGCAUUUUAUUGCAUGACAUAAGUAUUUGAUACAUCAGAAAAGCAUAUAUAUAUAUAUAUAUAUAUAUAUAUAUAUAUAUAUAUAUAUAUAUAUAUAUAUACACACACACACACACAGUGGGGGAGAACAAGUAUUUGAUACACUGCCGAUUUUGCAGGUUUUCCUACUUACAAAGCAUGUAGAGGUCUGUAAAUAUAUAUAUUAGUACCAGUCAAAAGUUUGGACACACCUACUCAUUCAAGUUUUUAUUUUAUUUUAUUUUUUUACUAUUUUGUAGAAUAGAAAUAGCUUUGCACACUCUUGGCAUUCUCUCAUACAGCUUCACCUGGAAUGCUUUUCCAACAGUCUUGAAGGAGUUCCCACAUAUGCUGAGCACUUGUUGCUGCUUUUCCUUCACUCUGCGGUCCAACUCAUCCCAAUUCAAGGCACACUUAACCAGCAUGGCUACCACCGCAUUCUGCAGCGAUAUGCCAUCUCAUCUGGUUUGGGAUUAGUGGGACUAUCAUUUGUUUUUCAACAGGACAAUGACCCAAAACACACCUCCAGGCUGUGUAAGGGUUUUUUGACCAAGACAGAGAGUGAUGGAGUGCUGCAUCAGAUGACCUGGCCUCCACAAUCCCCCAACCUCAACCCAAUUGAGAUGGUUUGGGAUGAGUUGGAACGCAGAGUGAAGGAAAAGCAGCCAACAAGUGCUCAGCAUAUGUGGGAACUCCUUCUAAACUGUUGGGAAAGCAUUCCGCAUGAAGCUGGUUGAGAGAAUGCCAAGAGUGUGCAAAGCUGCCAUCAAGGCAAAGGGUGGCUACUUUGAAGAAUCUAAAAUAUAUUUUGAUUUGUUGAACACUUUUUUUGGUGUUAUUUCAUUGUUUUGAUGUCUUCACUAUUAUUCUACAAUGUAGAAAAUAGUAAAAAGUAAAGAAAAUCCUUUGAAUGAGUAGGUGUGUCCAAACUCUUGACUGGUACUGUGUAUAAUAAUAUGCCAUUUAGCAGACGCUUUUAUCCAAAGCGACAUGGUCAUGUGUGCAUACAUUUUUACGUAUGGGUGGUCCCGGGGAUCAAACCCACUACCCUGGUGUUACAAGCGCCAUGCUCUACCAAUUGAGCUACAGAGGACCACACACACGCACCCUUGGAUUAAUCAGUAAUGGGAAAGAUCAUGCAGUGGGGGACGGGGCUGGCUAUGACUUAGGAAUUUCCAGGAAGGAUGACUGAGAGAACUCUCCUUAGCUGACAAGCCAAUCCCAUUUGACUGAAAACAAAGAUAAUCAUUGUGUUCUUAAAUGGCUCAUGUUCCCUACGGUGUCAGGAUUAAUAUAGGGAAUCGUUAGAAAACUAUCACUUCAACACAUUUUCUUGGCUUUGUAGUUUUCCAGUAGAGCACUGACAAUCACAUCUUUCAUUGGUGCUUGUUUGUUCCUUGUAUCCCCUUUGUUCAGUUACAGCAACUCCAGAUGUGUCCAAUGUCUCCUGUGUCAACGUCACAUCCAUAUAUGGUCAGAACAUGACCGUGGGCACCUGCUCCAAUGAAACCUGCUCAGGUAAGGACCAAUACCAUCACCUGGUUCCUUUUAAAGGCUACUCCAGAGGGAUUAAAUGUGGUUUGUCAUUCCUGUGACUGUCACUGUGUUAACAUGACACAGGACUAGCCUUCAACAGAAAGUGGCUGAUCUAGGCACAUGUAGACAUUCUAUAUCUAUGUUCUGUGGUGUCAUUUGCUUUCCCUCAAUACUCUGAAAUGCUUCCCUCCUUUCCUAAUUCCUUUGUCCCUGCCUUCCUCCAUCCCUUGGCUCCUUCCUCCCCUCCCUCAUCAUUCCACUGGUCCAAAAGGAUUAGAUGGGUGAAAGCUAUUUGAAUGAAUUCACGCUAUUACAUUCACCUACCAAAUCCUGUCAGAUCAAAAUGGAAGGCAGGAGAGGAAUGCAAGGAAUCAUUUUAGGACUGUCCAGACGUAGCCUGGUUGUUAUGUCUCUUUCUUUCCUGCUUUAUACUAGGCCCGGGACCAUACCAGUAUCGCGAUACUCAUUAGUAUCGUGGCAAGGAAACAAAACACAAAGCGGAUUUAACUUCUUUAGGAAAAUAGCCCUAAUGUUUGAAACAAAUAAUAAUAAUAAAUAACAAACAUAAUUAUGUUCUCAUCCAGUGUCAUGUUUAUUUUCUAAGCUAUAGCGCACAAUAUUUUAUGUACAGCAGAAUCAUAGCGUUAGAUCUGCUUCGUGUUUUCAUUUUUUCCUUUUAAAAAUAAUAUUGCAAUACUGAAAUCGUCACAGCCCUGCUUUAUACUCUGUCUGUCUCUGUCUCUGUUACUGUGUCGGUCUCUUCAGUGCAGCCUUUUAGUCCAAGUCCAACCAAACCCCCUACCCCCACCACGGCUGCUAUCCCUACCCUCACCCCUAUGGUCAGCAACACAACUAACAGCAGCACCCCUGAGCCCACCACAGGUAACCAGACAAAACCAGCCUCUCAGCUGCUCCCCUCAAAUCAAUGUGUGUCUACUGGAAGGCUUGAUGAUUCUGAGUUUUUGUAUGUCAAACCUAAAUAAGGUGAAAUGGUCAACUGUUUUUGUAAGUGGUGAAAUGGUAUUAAACUGAUAUCUCACUGUGUCCAGCUAACCUGACGACUGCAGGACCAACCGCCUUGCCCACUAACAGCACCGUCACAGUCUCUGCCUCAACGACUGCUUCAAGUAAGUUCCCAUGCCAGCCCAGUCUGAAAUCAAAUACCUAGACCAGGACUGUCCAACCCUGUUCCUGGAGAGCUACCCUCCUGUAGGUUGUAACUAGCCUGAUUCAGCUUAUCAACCAGCUCAUUAUUAAAAUCCGGUGUACUAGAUUAGGGGUGGAGUGAAAAACUACAGGACAGUAGCUCUCCAGGAACCGGGUUGGAGAGCCCUGAUCUAGACCAUUUAUAGCCUGUUGUAGAUCACCAAGAUUCCAUAGAAAGGAUUACUGAAUCAAAACUAAAUUCCACCAGUGUAUUAUCAAUAUGUUUGUGGUUCCACUUAGCCCUAGAGGCUAGUGGCUGAAUCAGUGGUAUGACAUGGCUCUCUCGCUCCCACCCCGUGCAGACGGCACCGUCUCACCAGUGGGGCCCUCUCCUGCACCUCAUAAGAAUUCAACGUUUGACGCAGCAAGCUUCAUUGGGGGCAUCGUGCUGGUCCUGGGCCUGCAGGCCGUGCUCUUCUUCCUCUACAAGUUCUGCAAGUCCAAGGACCGCAACUACCACACCCUCUGA